CACUAGGUUGAAUAUCUCCCUUUGUUCCUCUGGUAAAGGAUAAUUGUUCAUGGUCACUUAGCUUUAACCUCAGUGUCAAACCACACUAUACCCACCAUUUGAGGGCGACCCAUCGAAUUUGGCGAGUCCAAGUGAUGACGAUCGAAGUGAUUAAUAAUUGUUUGGAAAAAGAGCAAAAUCCUUUUGGCAACAUAAAAACUAUAGCUGGCGGCUUAGUGGGAAGCUGAGGUAAUAGAGAGAGCUUCUUCAUAUUCAUUCGUGCACACAUUGGACAAGUGCAUAAUUAGAGAAAUUAAAAGCAACCAAUUCCAUAGAGAAAUUAAUAUAUUUGGCCCCUACAAGUAGCUCAAAGAACGGGGAUUCUGUCUCUUUCUCCCCCUCCACAAUUUUUAUCAUUUAUGUCGAAAAUUAGAUGGAGAAAAGUAGCUCUAAUAAAUUCAAAAGUAAUUCCUCUCUACCACUUGAUUGAUCAUGAUGGGGGAAAAUCAACUUCCUUUUUGGUUUAAAGACAAACAAAUUAGCUAUUGAUAGAUAGAGGCACUAAGAGAGGAUAAGAUCAUUGGAUGAGGGGGUUGAUUGAUGAUGAGUGAAUUCGUGUUUACAAAGGAACUUUGCACUCGAAUAUAUAGUUAAGAUGAGUUCAAAAUCUUGAUACCUAUGCUAUAAAAAUGUGAAAGGGUGACUCUAAAGAAAAUUUGGUUGGACGGAGAAUUCAAAUAUGAGACCUCGUCAUGGCUGAGUUCAACACCUGAAUGAUCAUUUGGGCUACAAUUUUUGUUGGAGGCUUCUUGAAAUUAAUCCAAAAUUUAGGGUUCAAUUAUUAUGCUUAGUGAUGAUUUGGGAGUGUGUUGAUGAUGUUUGGUUGUAUAGUAAAGCCUAGCUAUCUAGAUAUUGAUUAGGAUCAAUAUUGCUUUGCUCCAUGGUUAUUUAGGAAUAAUAUAUGUAUAGGAGUACUCUGAAAAGUAAAUUUGAUAUCAUUGAUGACUUUAGGGGUCCAUCACAAUCAUAAAUGGAGAGAACAUCCAUUUUGUUUAUUAUAUUUUCCCCCCUAAAAAGUUUUUUACAUUCACAAGACGGUCAACUAUGGAGUCAAAACAUUCCAUGACCAAUUUGAUGCCACUAACCUUGCAGAUAUUUUUAUUGAUAUAAAGCUUAACGUUAUAAUUCCCUCGCUGAAAGGGAAGAAUUUGGCGAGAGUAAAUGGAAAAGGACAUACCUACAUUUGUUUCAUUCUUGCCCAUUUGUUUGUUGAGAAAUUUUACAAUGCUAUAUAGGAUUUUACUUUUAAAGUACAAUUUAAAAUUGUACAUUUACGUUAUGGUACAACUUCAGAUUGUACCUAUAUUUUUUAUACAAAUUCUUUUAUGGUACAACUUGACCUUGUACCUUUAUGUGAUGGUACAACUUCAAGUUGUAAAGUUGUACCAUAACAUACAAAUUGCUUUAUGGUACAACUUAAACUUAUACAUUUAAUGUUAUGGUACAACUUUAAAUUGUACAUUAAAGUACCAAUACUAUAUAGCAUAGUAGAAGGGCUCUUGUUUGUCUUGUAAGAACAUAGCUAGCUAGGUAAUAGAAAGGACAGCGAAAGAUAAUUAAUUUUUGUAUUAGGGUAUAAACAACAUGAAAUUAUUUUGUUGGAUAUAGUGGAAAAUAAGGUUUACAAACCCUAUAAAAUAACUUAGGACAAGGAGGAAAGUUUCAUCACCCCUAUGAUACUUGGGUCUAUGAUUUAGAAGUAUUAACUAACUGCAGUUUCAGUAGAUUAGAUAGAACAUUUGACACUUUUAUCUACAAAAAAAAAAAAAACUUCAUGAAUAAGAUGUUAGUUAUUAUUGAUGGGUAAGAUAAUUUCCAAUUGAAAGCACUCUCUUUAAUUUGUAUUUUUGGUCAUACAUUCUCUCUCUAACUUAAUCUUUACAUUAUUAUACGUUAGCAAAAAAAUAAUAGAAGUAUGCUACUCACAAUCCACCCCACAUGCAGUGGGUAGUGGUUAACCACUAUCUGCUGCUGGUUGGUGCAGGUUGGUUGUGGACACAAAAUUUUCACAUUAAAUAUAAUAAUAUGAUAAUUAAAUUAUGAUGUUGUGUUUCUUCUCACACAAAAACAAAUACAUACAUAGGGCAUUCGCAUCCAAUAGGGGUGCAUGUGAUGAAUAGACCGACCACUUCUUUGCUGUACUGGCUGUACUUUGAUCGGGUGGGGAUUGAAACCCCUCGCUUUACUCGCACGUAAUGAAGGUUAGGGCGCCCUUUGCGCCCUGUUUUUACCAAAAAAAAAAAACAAAUACAUACAUUAAAGAAAGCUAAUAAAGUGUUAAAUAAAUUGUAAAUCUCGAAUACAAUAGUUUAGUUAGUGUAAAUUCAGAAGAGAUGGAUUUGGAAAGAGAUUUGAAGAUAACGGAGAGGCGGAGUGACCUGUUACCAGACAAACAUCGUUGCAUGUCACGGCUCCUCCGAUGGCAAUAACAGCAAAACACAAAAGUGGCUCGAUAAGUGGAGGCGCCCGCUUUUAAUAAAUCGAUUAUUCUUCACUCUCGAUUAUAGUAUUGUAUUGUUGGUAGCUGGUUGCAUGUUGUGUUGUUCGUGAGUUUGUGGAAAAAUAGAGACGAGAUUGGGUAUCUGGCAAACCUUUAUCGAUUAUUCCCCUUUUUUAACGAAUCGAUUAGUGUUGGGUUGGUCCAACUCAUAUGGUGGUUGGAUUAACCGGUUUGAGUUUGAGUUUUUUGUUGGUUUCUAGAAGAUCCUCUAUUUUCAAAAUAGAGAGUUAUUGUCUACUUAAAAGUAAAGAGUGGUGACAACCUUUCAUCUUCCUAGAGAGAGAGAAUCAGAAAAGAGAAGAGAUAAGGAAAAGAGAGAAGAGAGAAAGAGCUGCUGUUUUUCGUUUCUGCAGCAGGGCAGCCUGUUCAAGUGAGCGUUCUGGAAGACUGAACCGUUGGAUUGUCUUGAAAUUUGGGCAGUGAGUUUGCAAUUGUCUGGGCUUCAUUCUGACCGAAGGGAUCGUCAUUCUGAGGUCUAGUUAGUCGGGAAUCUCUGCUGGACAGAAGGUGUACGAAUCUGUUUUUGGGUAUCUCUCAACCUUUCUUUGUCUUGCUCUUGUUCUUGUUAUCCACCAUGUUGUUGAGAGCUAUUGUGGUUGAUUGUUGAUCCAAGAAGGGUGUUCUUGAGGUGUUUGUAAUCCUCUAGCUAGUCUAGAGAGGACUUGUAAUCCCACCAAAGUCUAGUGGAGUUGUGGCUUGGACAAAAGUCCCGUGGUUUUUCCCGAUUUGGGUUUUCCACGUAAAAAUCGUGUGUCUUGUGCAUUCUAUUCUUGCUUGUGGUUGCUGCCCGGUUUCUCAACAGUGGUAUAAGAGCAUUAGGUUGUUUGGGGGCUGUGUUUGGUGAAUGGCAAGAAUGGAUGACUCAAGUGGAGCAAUGAUUAAGUUGACAUCAUCCAACUACUCUAUUUGGAAGCCACGGAUGGAGGAUAUUCUGUUUUGCAAGGAUCUUUAUGGAAGAAGCAGAAAUCAAAAUUCCAAAUUCAAGAACUCUCAGAAUUAAAGUAACAGCCGAGGGAGAUCAAAAGGGAGAUCAAAAUCAUUGUCAAGACCAAGAGGAGAAAUCACAUGUUAUCAUUGCAACCAGCCCAGACACAUGAAGAGAGACUGCAGAAUCUUGAAACGGGAACAAGCUAGAGGAAAAGGUGUGGAAAACCGAGAAAAAGAUGAUACUGCUGCUGCUGCCACAGAUGGUGAUGUGGUCAUUGUUUGUGAUGUCGGUUUUGUUAACCUUGCUUGUCAAGAGAGUACAUGGGUUGUUGACUCAGGUGCCUCAUUCCAUGUGACCUCACGGGUUGAUUUUUUCUCUUCCUACACAAACGGUAAUAUGGUUGUGUGAGGAUGGGAAAUGAUGGCGCAUCAAAGAUUGUUGGCAUGGGUGAUAUUCAUCUAGAGACCAACACGGGUUGCAAGCUAGUCUUGAAGGAUGUGAGACAUGUUCCUGACAUGAGGCUGAAUUUGAUAUCCACGGGUAAGCUUGAUGAUGAUGGUUAUACCAACUAUUUUGGAGAAGGAAAAUGGAAGCUCUCAAGAGGUUCUCUUGUGGUGGCUAAAGGCAAGAAGGAAAGUACGCUCUACAUGACGAAUGCAAAGCAUAGCAAGGGAGGAAUUAAUGUUGUUGAGAAAUAUUCUUCCAUUGAGCUUUGGCAUAAGAGACUCGGUCAUUUGAGCGAGAAGGGGCUGCAAAUAUUUUCCAAGAAACAACUCUUGCCCGGAGCUAAAGAUAAAACUCUUGGUGGUGCAAGCUAUUAUGUUACCUUCAUCGAUGAUCACUCAAGGAAGGUGUGGACAUAUGCUUUGAAAACGAAGGAUCAAGUGCUAGAUGUUUUCAAGCAAUUUCAUGCUGAAGUGGAAAGGGAAACCGGCCUGAAGUUGAAGUGUGUAAGGGCUGAUAACGGGGGAGAGUAUAGAGGUCCAUUCGAAAGCUACUGCAGAUUGCACGGAAUUAAACUACAGAAAAGUGUACCCAAGACUCCACAACAAAACGGUGUCGCCGAGAGGAUGAAUAGAACAAUUUGUGAGAGAAUCAAGUGUAUGCUCUCACAUGCCAAGCUACCUAAAUCAUAUUGGGGAGAAGCAAUGCGGACAGCGGUUGAUCUAAUCAAUCUCUCACCAUCGGUCCCUUUGGAGGGUGACGUGCCUCAACGAGUAUGGACGGGAAAGGAAGUCUCAUAUGAACACUUGCGAGUGUUCGGUUGCAAAGCCUAUGUUCAUGUUCCAAAAGAUGAGAGAGCAAAGCUUGAUGACAAAGCAAAGCCAUGUAUAUUCAUGGGCUAUGGGCGUGAAGAGUUUGGGUACAGAUUAUGGGAUCCAAUUGCAAGGAAAAUUGUUCGGAGCCGGGAUGUGAUUUUUCUUGAAGAUGAGACAACUGAAGAUGUCGAAAGGGGUGAAAAGAAGAAAAAUACAGCAACUGGUCCGGUUAAUUUGGAGCCUAUAUCUUCAUCCCAAAUGCAUGAAAAUGUUGAGGAAGUAGUGCAUGAUGAGCCCCAAGGUCCACUAGAUCAAGAAGUGCAAGGAGAAGAGCAAUUGGAGCAAGAAGAACAAGUUGAAGAAGAGCAACCUCUAUCCGAACCAAGAAAGUCAACAAGAGAUCGCAAAGCUUCCACUUGGUACUCCCCUCAUGAGUACCUAUUGUUGACUGACGGCGGAGAACCCGAAUAUUAUCAAGAAGCCAUGUCUCAUGAAGACAAGGAGGAGUGGAACAAAGCAAUGCAAGAAGAGAUGAAGUCUUUGCAAGAGAAUCACACCUAUGAUUUGAUGAAACUACUCAAAGGAAAAAGAUCACUUAAGAACAAGUGGGUCUACAAGUUAAAGACGGAGGAAACUAGUUCAAAGCCUCGGUUUAGGGCGCGGCUAGUUGUGAAGGGUUUCAACCAAAAGAAAGGUGUUGACUUUGAAGAAAUUUUCUCUCCCGUGGUGAAGAUGUCUUCUAUCCGAGUUGUGCUUGGGUUGGCUGCAAGUUUGGAUUUAGAAGUUGAACAACUCGAUGUGAAGACGUCGUUUCUUCAUGGUGACUUAGAGGAAGAGAUAUACAUGGAUCAGCCGGAAGGGUUCGAGGUUAAAGGCAAAGAAGAUCUUGUAUGCAGAUUGAGAAAGAGCUUAUAUGGGUUGAAGCAAGCACCAAGGCAAUGGUACAAGAAAUUUGACUCAUUCAUGGUCAAAAACGGGUAUGCAAGAACUACCUCCGAUCAUUGUGUGUUUGUGAAAUACUUUGCUGAAAAUGAUUUCAUCAUUCUCUUGCUUUACGUGGAUGACAUGUUGAUCGUGGGUCGGAAUGUUGGAGAGAUUGGUAGAUUGAAAAAGGAGUUGAGUAAAUCCUUUGCCAUGAAGGACUUAGGACCGGCGAAACAAAUUCUAGGGAUGAGAAUCUCUAGGGAUCGAAGGAAUGGGAAAAUUUGGUUAUCUCAAGAAAGGUAUAUUGAAAGAGUUCUUGAGCGGUUUAACAUGAGCAAGGCUAAGGUGGUUAGUACUCCGCUUGGAGGACAUUUCAAGUUGAGUGUGAAGCAUUGUCCUACAAGUGAUGAAGAGAAAGAAGCAAUGAAUAAUGUGCCUUAUGCAUCAGUUGUUGGAAGCUUGAUGUAUGCCAUGGUUUGCACAAGGCCGGAUAUUGCUCACGCCGUUGGGAUUGUUAGUCGGUUUCUUUCCAAUCCGGGGAAAGAACAUUGGAGAGCAUUGAAGUGGAUUCUUCGCUACUUGAGAGGUACUUCUAGAGUGUGUCUAUGCUUUGGUAAUGGCAAGACCAUACUUGAUGGAUAUACCGAUGCUAACAUGGCAGGUGAUGUGGACUCUAGAAAGUCGACUUCUGGAUACAUGAUGACUUUUGCAGGUGCUGCAGUUUCAUGGCAAUCUAAACUGCAAAAAUGUGUUGCAUUAUCAACAACAGAAGCCGAAUACAUAGCCGUGACAGAAGCUUGCAAAGAGAUGUUAUGGUUGAAGAAGUUUCUUCAAGAGUUGGGCAUUAAGCAAGAGAGGUAUGUGCUCUAUUGUGAUAGUCAAAGUGCAAUUCAUCUUUGCAAGAAUCCAACUUUCCACUCAAGGUCGAAACACAUAGAUGUUCGAUAUCAUUGGAUUCGUGAUGUUUUGGAGGAGAAGUUGUUGAGCUCAACAAAGUGCAUACGGAUGACAAUGGUUCGGACAUGAUGACUAAGUCUCUACCAAGUAGAAAACAUAUCUUCUGUCGAGAUGAAGCAGGUUUGGUGCUACCCCCCAUAUGAGCUGGAGGGGGAGAUUUGUUGGGUUGGUCCAACUCAUAUGGUGGUUGGAUUAACCGGUUUGAGUUUGAGUUUUUGGUUGGUUUCUAGAAGAUCCUCUAUUUUCAAAAUAGAGAGUUAUUGUCUACUUAAAAGUAAAAAGUGGUGACAGCCUUUCAUCUUCCUAGAGAGAGAGAGAAUAAAAAAAGAGAAGAGAUAAGGAAAAGAGAGAAGAGAGAAAGAGCUGUUGUUUUUCGUUUCUGCAGCAGGGCAGUCUGUUCAAGUGAGCGUUCUGGAAGACUGAACCGUUGGAUCGUCCUGAAAUUUGGGCAGUGAGUUUGCAAUUGUCUAGGCUUCAUUUUGACUGAAGGGAUCGUCAUUAUGAGGUCUAGUUAGUCGGGAAUCUCUGCUGGACAGAAGGUGUACGAAUAUGUUUUUGGGUAUCUCUCAACCUUUCUGUUUGUAAUCCUCUAGCUAGUCUAGAGAGGACUUGUAAUCCCACCAAAGUCUAGUGGAGUUGUGGCUUGGACAAAGGUCCCGUAGUUUUUCCCGAUUUGGGUUUUCCACGUAAAAAUCGUGUGUCUUGUGCAUUCUAUUCUUGCUUGUGGUUGCGGCCCGGUUUCUCAACAAUUAGUUUAUCAGACUAUAUCUAUGGACUUGGUUUUGUUAUAAAAUAAACAUAUACCA